AAAAUGUAGGAGAAGAAGAAGAAGACAGGAAGGAACGAAGGAUAAGGUCAAGAAUUAAACAUGGCAGCCCGCAGUGUGUUCAGGUCUCUCUGGACCUCAUUUGCGGGCUUAAAACUUGAAUCCAGAGGAACCAACUUGAGUUCUUUAAGGACGAUAAAUGUUCCCCAGCUUACUGCUUUAACUAUCCAGAAAAGAGGGAUUCGUCAAGUGGUGGAGAAGCAAGAUGGUAAAACAACAAACAUUGAAGGACAAAUUCUGGAAGUUCCAGUCGGAGCACAGCCUCCAAAUCCCACAGCCAAGUGUCCAAUCUACAGAUGGAAUCUGCAGAACAAAUACAACUACACAGAUGUCUUGUUGCUCAGUCAGUUUAUCAGGUCAGAUGGAGGGAUGUUGCCCAGGAGAGUCACUGGUCUCUGUCCAGAAGAGCACCGCAAGAUUGCCAUUUGUGUACAGAUGGCUCACAGAGCAGGUCUGCUUCCUGACCAUAAACCCAAACUUCCAGAAGACCAUGUCCCAAAGAGACCCAAGCCCGAACUUAACAGAUACCUGACUCGCUGGUCCAUCGACUCAGUGAAACCCAUCUAUAAAACUGGACUGAAGUGGUGUAAGAAGCGUAUGCCUGUUGGCCACCCAAUACUAAAGAACAAUGUGCGUUAUGGUGUCAAGCCCUUGUACAUAAAACACUGAAGGACCAAAAGCCUGAAAGAUUGGUACAACUGGAGGAAAGUGGGUGGGCCCAUUUAUUCAGGGAUGAAACCACCAUAUCCCUGACUGUUAACCUUGACCGUUGUCACACAGUUCUGAGAAGGGGGGGAACAAUUCCUAAAAGCUUCAUCCAUCUGUGUUUAUUCUAACUUUUGUUUAUUAAGCUGAGUCACUCUUUUAAUGAAUCACACUCAGACCCACCCGACACCAUCUAUUCUGACUGUUGCUUUUCAAAAAAAAAAAAAAAAAAAAAAGACUCUUGAAGGAAACCUGCUGACAACUUAAUGCAAGCAACAACCUGAUCAGUGUUACAGUUUCAAAGUAGGUGGUAUGGUGACUGUGUAUACUCAAUGCAACACAGAUGUGCAAAUAAAAUAUGUGUGUUUA